CACGUUAAAAAAAAACCCAGCUAAGCCGGAAGAGCAGACGCGGGAUCUCGCAGAGCCCACCCCUCGUCGGCUGGGCCGAGAAUGCUGCGCAAACUCUACGAGCUCAUGGGAACGAAAGAAGAAUUUGUCAAAGUCCGAAAGAAGGACCUGGAACGGCUGACAACUGAAGUGAUGCAAAUACGGGACUUCUUACCCAGAAUACUAAACGGGGAAGUGCUGGAAAGCUUCCAGAAGUUAAAGAUUGUAGAGAAAAACCUGGAAAGGAAGGAGCAAGAAUUAGAGCAACUGAGAAUGGAUUGUGAGCACUUUAAAGCACGCCUGGAAACUGUGCAAGCCGACAGCAUGAAAGAGAGGAAGGAGAAACUGGCUCUUCGUCAGGAGCUGAAUGAAGCGAAGCAGCAACUCCUACAGCAGGCGGAGUAUUGUACAGAGAUGGGGGCAGCAGCCUGCACCCUGCUCUGGAGCGUCUCCAGCAGUGAGGAGGUCGUCAAAGCCAUUCUGGGAGGAGAUAAAGCUUUGAAGUUUUUCAACAUCACCGGUCAGACAAUGGAGAGUUUUGUGAAGUCACUGGAUGGGGAUGUCAAGGAACUCGAUUCUGAUGAAAAUCAGUUUGUUUUUGCUUUGGCUGGAAUUGUGACAAAUGUUGCUGCCAUAGCGUGCGGUCGUGAAUUCCUGGUUAACUCCAGCCGGGUGCUCUUGGACACCAUACUACAGCUUCUGGGAGACUUGAAGCCAGGACAGUGCACCAAACUCAAAGUGCUGAUGCUGAUGUCCCUGUACAACGUGAGCAUCAAUUUGAAAGGCUUGAAGUACAUCAGCGAGAGCCCAGGGUUCAUCCCUUUGCUGUGGUGGCUUCUGAGUGAUCCCGACGCAGAGGUGUGUCUUCAUGUUUUGCGACUUGUCCAGUCAGUGGUUCUGGAACCAGAAGUCUUCUCCAAGUCGGCCUCUGAGUUCCGGAGCUCCCUGCCCCUGCAGCGCAUCCUGGCCAUGUCCAAGAGCCGCAACACCCACCUGCAGACCGUGGCCCAGGAGCUCCUGGAAGACCUUCGUGCUCUGGAGUGUGAUGCGUAGGCGUGUCCCUCCCCCCUCCCUAGGUCCCCACACUGUGUUUUGAAGCCAUCACCGAUGGCCAGAUGUUCUUGACUAGAGAUGGACAUGAAUUAAUAUGUAUCCACACAGCUUCCUCCUGGAAGUGAAGGUACCGUGGGUGGU